CUCCUCUUCUCCGUGGCCGCGGACGUCAAAACAGAGGUUCCUCAUCUCAGGUUCCCUUCCACCAAGUAUAGGGAUAGAGCAGCUCCAGGCUCCCCUCUCACCAUGGAUUGGGGGUCCAACUUGGACCCACAAAGCAGUUAGAGAAUAAGAGAAACAGAGACGGAGUUGCAAGGAGUCAUGAGUCCCUUCUCCACAUGGAGAGGGAAGGCCAUUAUUCCUGACCAAAGGGGGGAGCAGCCCCCUUCUCCGCAUGGAGCUGGGUUUUAGUUCAGUGCUCAAGAGGAGUUGGAGAGGGAUGUAUACCGAAAAUGUAAUCGCCUCUGUGAGUUGGCCGGCUCCCCUUCCUUCACCAUGGGGAGAGAGGAAGCCCCUAUGUUUCACUCCCCGACCAUAAAGAACAGGGAGGUCCUUGCUCUCGAGAGUAACAUCUAUAAAUAUCCACCAUCAACUUCUCUAAUCGAUUACAUCUAGCUCAAAGCUUUUCCAUCUUCCUUAAUUUCCAACAGGAGCUCAGCGAGUUUCAGAAGGAUCUAAAAUGGAUCCCGGUUGUUGGCGCUUUGAUCCCGAUACUCAUCUACUACUGGAGUACCUGCUCGACCCCGCCCGUGUCCGCAUGCUUUUCUCUGGAGCCAUCCAUGAAGGAAUUGACCCCUAUAGUUGCCGGCCUGAGCAACUCCCAAAUAUCAGUGAGAAGGGCUCUUAUUACUACUAUGCAAAUCGGCCGGGUCGAAACCAGCAGGGUCAAAAUCGGCAGACUGCCGAUGGCACUGGAUAUUGGAGAGCCAAAGAUAAGCAGGAGGUCCCGGACAAGGAUGGCCGGACCGUUGCGUGUAUGCGAAAUUUAAGAUUCUAUUUAGGAACACAUAAGAACUCCAACUCGACAAAAUGGGUUAUGACAGAGUUAACUCUUGUUCCUGAUACAGGCCAUGAUGCUGCAAAAGCCAUUAGUAUGAUCCGUAGGACAGCAGGAAACCGAAGGAACGAGAUCAAUCAGGCCAGCAGCAAUUCUGACGCAACAAACCGACCGCUUCCCGAAUCGGAGCCGUGCAUGGACUCUUCUUCCCGUACAAAUCUUGGUGCCUGGCUGAUGAGCGUAGCAGCUCGUUUGGGUGUGCCCUACGAAUUGCCUCCUGAAUUCAGCAGGGAUUAGGCGUCCUUUUUAACAGAGAAAGACUU